GAGGCAGGGCCAGGAGCAUCCCACUGGGGGGAACAUCCCAUAGGGGUGAGCCUGGAGCCUAGCAUCCCACUUGCCCCCCACUCCCCCAAGGCCUCCAGAGAUGCCCUGCAGGAUGAGGCUUUUCCUCCAUGGACCAACAGACACCCCAAGAUCAGGGGUUUGUCUGCGGAGCCGAUGAGGAAAUAAGGCGGCGUCACACGCGGCCUCCUGACAGUUGGGCCCCCACCAAUGUGGCAGAGACGGUGAGGAGAGCACUGGCAGCAGGACCAGGGGCACCCAGGGCAGGGGCCGGGUCCCCCCCCCGGGAAUCAUGUUCUCCCGGAAGAAGCGAGAGCUGAUCAAGACCCCCUCCAUCUCCAAGAAGAGCCGUGCAGGAAGCCCUGUCCCGCAGACCCUGCCGGAUCUCUCCCGCAAGGAGUGCCUGGAGACACCCGGUUCCGGCCCGGGGGAGGUGCCCCCCGCCAGCUCCAAGCUCAGCACCAGUCCCAGCGCCGUGGGGACCCUCAAGCGUCCCAGCAACCUCAGCCGCCAUGCCAGCGCCGCUGGCUUCCCCCUCCCCACCGCCGGCCCCAGGGCCGUGCCCAAGGGCCACAGGACCCCCACGUCUUACAGCCCCAUGGAGGGGGGGGAGGGCCCCUUCAUCGACCCCGAGGACAUCUCCCAGCUGCUGGCGUUCGUGGCCCGCUUCGCCGAGGCCCUGGAGAACCUGCGGGACGUGGUGCUGCGGGACGACCCCACGGAGCCCCAGAGGCCACUGGCCCAUGAGUGCCUGGGUGAGACGCUGCGCAUCCUGCGCCAGGUCAUCAACAAGUACCCCCUGCUCAACACCCUGGAGACCCUGACGGCUGCUGGGACCCUCAUCUCCAAAGUCAAGGGUUUCCAUUAUGAAUCCAACAACGAGACGGACAAACGGGAGUUUGAGAAGGCUGUGGAGACCAUUGCUGUGUCCUUCAGCAGCACCGUGUCCGAGUUCCUCAUGGGUGAAGUGGACAGCAGCACCAUCCUCUCCAUCCCACCCAGUGACCAGAACCAGACCAUGGAGAGCCUCUACGGAGGGAUCCCGGGGCCUGGAGGAGGCAGCACAUCUUUGGGCAUGGAAAGCUAUGAGAUGGGCCAUCUUCUGGCUGAGGAGGUGGAUGUGAUGCUGCAGCGCUGCGAGGGAGGGGUCGAUGCUGCCCUCCAGUACGCCAAGAACAUCUCCAAGUACAUGAAGGACCUCAUCGGGUACCUGGAGAAAAGGACCACGCUGGAGAUGGAGUUUGCCAAAGGGCUUCAGAAGAUGGCAAACAGCUGCAAGCAAACCCUCAGUCAGGAGACCAAUAUGCCUUUCCUGUCCAUCUACCUGCUGGCCCUGGAGCAGGACAUGGAGCAUGGGACAUCGGUCCUGCAGGCAGCCACCACCCUGCAGAACCAAACCUUCCUGCAGCCUCUGGCUCUGAGGCGCCUGGAGCACGAGAAGCGUCGGAAGGAGCUGAAGGAGCAGUGGCACCGGGCACAGAGGAAGCUGCAAGAGGCAGAGGGGAACCUGCGCAAGGCCAAGCAGAGCUACAUGCAGCGCAGCGAGGAGCACGACAAGGCCAAGUACAUGGCUGUGAAAGCAGAGGAAGAGCAGCAGAACACCACGGGCAGCAUCACCACCAAAACCCUGGACAAGAGGCGGCGACUGGAGGAGGAAACCAAAAACAAGGCAGAGGAGGCCAUGGCCACGUACCGGACCUGCGUCGCAGAUGCCAACACCCAGAAGCAGGAGCUGGAGGACACCAAGGUGAACGCCCUGAGACAGAUCCACGAAGUCAUCAAACAGAGUGACCAGGUCAUCAAGACGGCCACAAUCUCCUUCUACCAGAUCAUGCACAUGCAGACAGCCCCACUGCCUGUCAACUUCCAGACGCUGUGUGAGAGCAGCAAGCUGUACGACCCGGGGCAGCAGUACGCGUCCCACGUCCGGCAGCUGCAGCGCGGGGACGAGCCCGACACUCAGUACGACUUCGAGCCCUACGUGUCACACAACGCCUGGUCCCCCUUUGCUCGCACACGGAAAGGCAGCUUCAGCACCGGUGACUUCCCCCCAGGCACGGGCUCAGAGGGGUCGGGGCUGCCCAGGGAUGGGGAGGCAGCAGCCAGGGAGCAGCCCAGCGGGGCCGGGGCAGCUGAGCGCAGAGGUGGGAGGGGACACCAGGUCCAUAAAUCCUGGCCAACCUCUGUCACAGAAGGUGACAGCAGCCCAGGUUCAAACACAGGUGACUUCAGCCCCAGAACCCAGUCAGUGUCUUCCAAUGGCCCCAUGUCCUCCAGCGAUGAGCUGGAGAAGGAUGAGACCACCACCACCUUUGAGCAGGACAUCACUGAGAUCACCCCAGAGCUGACGGCUCCAACAGGGCCCUUCAGAAACGUUGGUUUGUCCAAGGCUGCCCAGACCCACCGGCUGAGGAAGCUCCGGGCCCCUUCCAAGUGCCGGGAGUGCAACAGCUACGUUUACUUCCAGGGAGCAGAAUGUGAGGAGUGCUACCUGGCCUGCCACAAGAAGUGUCUGGAAACCUUGGCCAUCCAGUGCGGGCACAAGAAGCUCCAAGGGAAGCUGCAGCUUUUUGGGCAAGACUUCACCAAAGCCUCCCGGGGCAGCCCGGAUGGCAUCCCCUUCAUCGUCAGGAAGUGCAUUUCUGAGAUUGAGAAGCGGGCACUGAAAACCAAGGGCAUCUACCGGGUUAAUGGAGUCAAGACCCGUGUGGAGAAGCUUUGCCAAGCUUUUGAGAACGGGAAGGAGCUGGUGGAGCUGUCCCAGGCCUCCCCUCACGAUAUCAGCAACGUCUUGAAGCUCUACCUGCGGCAGCUGCCAGAGCCCCUCAUGCCCUUCCGCAUGUACAACGAGCUGAUGGGGCUGGCCAAGGAGAGCCUGCAGGGUGGAGAGGCCAAGGGCAGGAGUGGGAAGGGUGGCCCUGAGCUGGUGGACAAAGGAGCUGACACAGACAAGGUGGUGGUGAGCCUGGUGCUGAAGCUGAAGGAGCUGCUGAGGGACCUUCCCUGGGAGAACAUGGCCACGCUCCAGUACCUCCUGCAGCACCUGAGAAGGAUCGUGGAGGUGGAACAGGACAACAAGAUGACCUCGAGCAACCUGGGCAUCGUCUUUGGGCCAACCCUGAUGCGCCCAAGGCCCACGGAUGCCACCAUCUCCUUGUCCUCACUGGUUGAUUACCCCCACCAAGCUCGCAUCAUCGAGGCACUCAUCAUCUUCUACUCAACCAUCUUUGAGAACAAGGAGGCAGCAAUGCCAGCCCCCCCCAGCAGGGACACUGCAGACAGCGAGGAGGAGGUGGUCGGCUGCUUGGGUCGGGCACACGCGAGCUCCAAGCCCACGGCUCCUUCCAGCCCCGUCCCCUUCCUGGAGCUGCCUCCCGAGAAGGGGAAUUUGGCUCCCGGCACCGACUCGUUCGCAGAGCUUGGUGACCGCUCCGUCGACUCCGACUCGGAGCUGGAGGAGGGAGGGGAGCCCCGAGCCCGGAUGGAGAAACGGGAGAGCGAGACCAGCACCGAGGAGCCCCGGGGGCAGCGGAACCGCAGCUGCAGCGCGGGGCAGUCGGAGCCGGAGUGCAGAGCCCCUGGAGAGGAGCAAAGCGAUGCAGAGGAGCCCCCCGAGAGCCCCCCCGCUGCCAGGACCCCCCGCAACACCAACCAGUCCAACAACAACUACCCCCCGACAGCCACCGCCAGGUCCCUGCCAGCCCCGCAGCAGCCCCGCUUCACCGAACAAAACCACCCUGGGGACAGGGAUGGGGCAAAGGGACAAAAGCCAGGACCCCCCCGGGAGCAGGGAGGGGGAACGCAGUGACAGACCCCGAGCGGGAGCAGCCUCGGGCCGGGGGUUGGUGUGGCAGCCGCAGGCGGGGCCGUGCGGGUCGUGGCUGCAGCUCUCACACUGAACCCCCCCGAGCCCCCCUAGAGCACAUCCCUGGAGCUGAAGCCGGGCAGACCCCUCCCCUGCUGGGGACUGGGAAUGAAACCAGGGCUGGUGACCAAAGGAACUCCAGGACUCAAUGUAGGAGCAGUCACCAGGGAGCUGCUUCCUCCUCCCUGGGACCCCCGGCCUGAUCCCCCCUCCCCGAAUCCCCCCCAGUGUGAGAGGCUGCGUUGUAGAGAGAACCUUCAGCACGGCCCCGUUCCCUCUGGCACAGGAACUGGAAGGUUCAAACACGGAGAGCCAAGGGAUUUUUUUUUUUUUAAAGCCACGAGACUUUUCUGCACUGAAGCACAGAGAAACAAAGUAGAUUUCAAGCUUAGGAAAAGCUGAUUCCUGCUGUUCCCCUGCCUGUACCCGGGCUGUGCUCCUGCCACUGGACCAGGAGCUUGGGAUGAGGCUCUGGCACACGGGGACUUCCCCAGAGCCCUCCCAGCCCAGCAGGUUCAAGGUACAAACCCCAAAGAUCAUUUCCAGUUCAUGGUUUAUAACUGAGCCAGAGAAGAGCUCGAGGUACCUGUGAGAUGUUCUGCUCCCCAGCUCUUCCCAGGACAGUUGGACUUUUCCAGCAGGUCCUUCCCAGGGCGGUACCAGGUGUGAGUGUGGGAAGGGGCAGGAGCUGGGCUGGAGCUUCUGUGUGUGAACUCAGAGUGAAUUGUGGUUGUUCUGAUGUGCCUGUGCUGCUGUGUGGAGCUGUGUUACGUGUUUUGCCUCGUUCAGGCUGAGAUGCUUCCAGAAAAAAAUAAUAAAAUCUGUGUAUUCCAACUCGUGUCCAUCCUGGAGAGCAGAGACCUCCAGCCCCGGGUGGCUGCAGGAGGGCAGGCACUCUCAGGAAGCACUCCUGGUAUUUCUAGGAAGGAAACUGAACUUUAAAACCCCUCAGGACACCUUGAACAGGUGAAAAUGAAGUGAUUGGGCAACACCCCGAAAGCCAAAGUCUCAAAACAAGGGCCAGAGGGCAGGACAGAGGCAACCAAUGAGGUCAAGUCUGAACCACAGCGUCAGAAC